GAUUUGAUCAAAAUGGUCACUGAAAAGAAAUUUACAACUAAGAUUCAAACUUCAGAACUAAACCCUGAGCAAACAUGUUUGUUUAUGUUUCUUCAACCUUGCAAUUUCUCAUGAAGCCAUCACUCUUCCUUUUGAGUGGUGCAGGCUCAAAAUUAGUUGGGUGAGGUAUUUGUUAAUGGCGAGCAGAGACCAUCACCACACGAAGAAGAGCAACAAUUUGUCUUUCUCUUGCUACUUGUCCUUUCUCUUUCUCUCUGUUUUAUGCCUCGCCUCGCUUCUGCUCCUUUCCUCUGCUUUCCGAGGUUCCACCGCCGUUUCUUCUUUCUCUUCGAAGGAUAAUAAUGCCUUGGAACUCAAGCAAAGGGACUCUUCUCAGAAAGAGAAAACUGACUUAUGUGAUUACUCGGAUGGGAUGUGGAUCUACGAGCCGACUAUGAGAUAUACACGGUAUGACAACACUUGCAAAGAGAUAUUCAAAGGCUGGAACUGCAUUUCUAGCAACAAAUCCAAUGCUCUAGAUAUCAUCAAAUGGUAUUGGCAGCCAAAAAGUUGUGAUCUUCCCCAGUUUGAUCCGGUUCAGUUUCUUGAACACUUCAGGAACACCAACAUCGGCUUUGUUGGUGAUUCGUUAAAUAGAAACAUGUUUGCUUCUAUGGUUUGCACUCUGAAACGAGCGUCAAAUGAGGUAAAAAAGUGGCGUCCUGUUGGGGCAGAUCGUGGGUUUACCUUUCUCCAGUACAACCUUACUGUUGCUUAUCAUCGAACAAAUCUAUUGGCACGCUAUGGCAGGUGGGUGGCAAGUGCUAAUGGUGGUGCGCUAGAGUCCCUUGGAUAUAAGCAGGGCUUUAGAGUGGAUGUUGAUAUUCCGGAAAGCUCAUGGGCAGAGGCACUAAUUUUCCAUGAUAUUCUUAUCUUUAAUACAGGACACUGGUGGUGGGCACCAUCAAAGUUUGACCCGAUUAAAUCACCAAUGCUCUUUUUUGAAAAGGGUUUGCCUGUGAUACCUCCCAUAAGUCCUGAAGAUGGCCUAGAUAUGGUUCUAAAACACAUGAUAUCAUUUGUGGAAAGAAGGACGCCAUCACAUGUCAUCAAAUUCUUUCGCACACAAUCCCCAAGACAUUUUGAGGGAGGUGAUUGGGAUCAAGGUGGUUCUUGUCAACAUGUACAGCCUUUAUUACCAUAUCAGGUUGAGCAACUAUUCUGUCUGGAGAGAAAUGGAACAAAUGUGGAGGUGCGCCUGGUGAACCAGCACCUGUUCCGAGCCCUCAAGGGGUCCAGUUUCCAUAUCUUGGACAUCACCCGCAUGAGUGAGUUCAGAGCAGAUGCCCAUCCAUCAACAGCUGGUGGAAAGAAGCACAAUGAUUGUAUGCAUUGGUGCUUGCCAGGAAUUACAGAUUCUUGGAAUGACUUGUUAGUUGCACAUUUAUCUCAUUCUUCAUCGUAAAGGUUUUGAUUGGUGGAAGAGUUUGAUGCUGUCAUGCUUUAUACAUGUAGCGGUUUUGUUAGUCUGUUGGUGCCUCUGAACUGCACCAUCUGCCUGCCUGUGCAAUAUGUAGGAGACGAGGAUACCAGAAGAUGGUUUCAGCAUCUUUCAUUGAUCAUCAGAUUACAAGCAAAGGUGGCAGA